GCAUUCUACCAAUAUCAGACGCUACAAUCGCUCCUUUUAAAUUUCAUUUUAAUCCUGUAGCCCUUCUUCUUUACGUGCUGGGUUUAAUAGAACAACUUGUAGUAUCCGUGUUCUUUUCUUCCAUUCUUGUUUGAAACAAACUCUAGUUUUCGUUUCUCGUUUCUUCACAUAUUUUUGUUCAAAUAAUGGCAUCAAGAACAGUCGCUAAAGACAUCAUCACUCUACGCGGUUCGGCAGCCAUUGUCAGCGAGUUUUUCGGUUAUGCGGCAAACAGUAUACUCUACAAUCGUGGAGUUUAUCCAGAAGAAAGUUUUGUCAAAGUGAAGAAAUAUGGGCUCCCGUUGCUGCUUACUCAAGAUGAGGGUGUUAAAUCCUUCAUAGCCAACCUUACGGCUCAGCUUUCAGAGUGGCUGGAAGCUGGUAAGUUACAGAGGGUUGUUCUAGUAAUAAUGAGCAAGGCCAACAAUGAGGUUUUAGAGAGGUGGAAUUUCAGUAUUGAGACAGAUGGUGAGGUUGUUGAGAAGGGUGUGUCAAGGGAAAAGAGUGACAAAGAAAUUAUGAGAGAGAUACAAGCAAUCAUGAGACAGAUUGCCUCAAGCAUUACUUACUUGCCAUGCCUUGAUGAAUCCUGUGUGUUUGAUGUGUUAGCAUACACUGAUAAAGAUGUUGCAGUUCCAUUCACUUGGGUUGAGAGCGACCCCAAGCUGAUUGCAAAUCCGCAAAUGGUGAAAUUGCAUUCAUUUGAUACCAAGAUACACAAGGUUGACACUCUUGUAUCAUACAAGAACGAUGAAUGGGAUGAGCAAUAGAGUGCCGCCAAAGGAUCUUUUCUUUCUGCAGCAACAUUUUGUUUCACUAGUGUACUGUGAAUCUUUCUAUUCACAUUUUGUUAUCGCUAGGUUGGUAUGGAAGAAAAUGACUAAUCAUGUACUUCGAUUUAAGAAGGCUCCGUGUGUCUGUCAACCAAAGAACAAAGAAGAAACAUGAAUUUCUUGUAGAUCAAGUCGGAAUUCUCGUUUUUAAUUUUCGUUGGAGGAAUUGGACUUGGAGCUUUAGGCGUGAGAUUAUUAAAUGACAAUUUCGCAUGUUUGUCUUUACAAAAUCGAAAAAUGAAUCUGUUGCUUUAAGUUCAUUUGAGUUGAUAAUGUACUGCAUCCCCAUGUUUCAAUUUCUUCAAUGCAGAAUUGAAACGCCUUUAAAUUCAUAAUUGGCACACAUGCUGAAUUUCAAGUAUUGCCAAAAUAAUACUGUUUUAUUUGCAUGCAAUUUUAUCUAGCAGUUUAUCAGGUUUCCACUGAAAGUACUACUAGCAGGUUUAUCAAGUAAUUCCAACUACUAAUAAAGGGAGAGUAACGACAUGGA